ACAAAAUUUUGCGGUACGGAGUUGUACACUUUGACUCCUAAGAUGAGUUCAGCAGUUGAUCGUACUUCUGACUUUAUUCGUUCUGUACAACUUAGUCGAUCAAAAUUAAAUGAUGCUGCCAAGUACCAAAAUGAUGAUUUAUCCAAUAAAUCAUCAGCUAAUGGAAGUCAUACAACAAUGGAUUAUAAUUCACUUGGUGUAUCAAAAAUUCCCAUAAAUGAUUCUAUGUUAACCGAUGAAAAUAAUCCUCUGUUGUAUAAAUCACCUGUAUUAAAUGGCCUACCAGAGACUCCAUAUCAAUCCGUGAAUAAAACAAAUAAUCCACUUACCCAACGUUCUCAGUUUAUGAAAGCAGCUUCAGUUAUUGGUCAAGAUUUAGCGAAUACAUUUACUAAACUGGAACAGUUGAAUGCAUUAGCUAGAAGACAAACAUUAUUUGAUGAUCAUAGUGCAGAAAUACAACAUUUAACUUAUGUCAUAAAAGAAUCAAUGGCUAAUUUAAAUAAUAGGAUUGCUACUCUACAAGAAAUGACCAAAUCUCAGGGAUCUAGCAGUGGAAAACAACAAUCAACUCAUUCACGUUCUGUUCUAAUGGUUCUGCAAACACGUUUAGCUAAAAUGUCUGAUCAAUUUCGUGGUGUACUGGAAUAUCGUUCAGAGGAUAUUAAAUCACAGAAUGCACGUAAAAGUAAAUAUAGUUCAAUUGAUGAUGAUACAUUAAAUAAUCCAAAUACACAAGUAGCUAAAUCAUCACAUGUUAUUAUUCCAUCAGUUCUAUUAAAAGAUGAUGAACGUGCCAGAGAAGCUUUACUGUCUGGUAGCCAAGGCAAUGAUGGAUUAGAUGGUUUAGGCAGUUUUGUACCGCCUACCUUGCCUAUGAAUUCAAAUUUGGGGUUUGCUCAAAAACACGUGAGUUCAGAUCAAACGGAUACCUAUUUAGCCUCUCGGGCGGAUACAAUGCGAAGUAUUGAGCAUACAAUUGUGGAAUUGGGACAGAUAUUUCAACAGUUAGCUACUAUGGUACAUGAACAAGAUGAAUCAAUACGUCGUAUUGACGCUAAUGUUGAUGACGCUGCUUUGUCAGUUGAAGCUGGUCAUUCAGAGUUAAUUCGUUACUUUCGUUCAAUUAGUUCAAGUCGAUGGUUGAUGAUUAAAGUAUUUUUUGUUUUAAUUGUAUUCUUUGUGAUAUUUGUUGUAUUCUUUGCUUAAAGGAGAACCAAACAGACAAACAAGCAAAAAAAUCGAUUCCUACAUCCUCAACCCCCCUACUUAUAAUUGACUCCUUAUUUUCACUUUUCCUACACUUUAUAAUGACACAUUAAGAAAAUCAUACAAUAGGAAAAAUAUGUCACACCUUGUAUGUUGUAUGUAAUAUAUAUAUAAUAUAAGAGAGAGAGAGAGAGAGAGAAUACCAAAACAGUGCUGAAAUAAACAAAAUGAGAAAAUCCAUCUUUGACCAGUGGCUAAUUAAGGUGAUUAAUACCAAUAAUCAGCUGAUUCACGCUAGCUAAUGUCAGCAUAUUUGCAACCAACCAAUCAAAAGAAAUGCGUCAGUGUAACGCCUACGCACUUUCUAGAUAGUUGACACGUUCUCUAAUUGGUAGAUUUUAUUUUGCCUAAUGUCAGUAAUCAGCUGAUUAUUAAUGCCUCUUUUUUUACGCCACGGUUUAAUUUUUGUCAUCACUUGUCUUUCAUAUAAAUUUUUUAUAAUGAUAUAUAUAUGUAUUCAUCCUUAUGUGACUAAAGUUUUCUUCAUGGGAAUAUGAAUUCAAAUGACCAGAGGAAUUGUUCUGCUUUGUUUUCAAUACUGAUUUUAAUUGUCUUUCUAGUCCCCCCCCGUUAUUUCCUAUUUCUUUUGUAUCUCCAGUUGUUUUUUUUGUUGUUGGUGUAUUUGUUGGCUUUCUUCACAGUUUUCACAAUACUACUCAUAUCGGUUAAUGAAUUAAUCAGUAGUGUGUAUGGCAGGCAGUGUACACUUUUUGUAUCAUUUAUGAAAUUUGUGUACAGAUUGUUGUGAAUAUUGAUUUACUUGUUGAUUUGACCUUGCGUGGUUGAAUUGUCUGUCUGUCUAUCCACCCAUCCAUCCACCCGUCUGUCUGUCUGUCCGUCUGGUUAUCUAUUCACUUUAAUGCCUCAUCCAAGGACAUGUUGUGUCUACAAUGUUUCCGCAUUAUCAAUUCAGCCUUUCAGAUACCAAAUUGUAUUGUAAAAUGUUCUUUCAGAUUCUUUAUUAUUAAUUAAUAUAACUAUUAUUAUUACUAUUAUUACUUGAUAAAAAUGAGUACUACUUGUGGAAGAAUAUCAGUAGAGUGUUCAGUGUUUCAAUGUCUGUUCCAAUGUCUUUUGGCGUAUACAGUUGCUUUUUUUCAUAUUGAAUGCUAAUCUGUAUUCGUUUAGGAGUUGGAUGACAUUAAAAAAAAAUUUUUGCUACUCUUAUGCGGUGAAAAAUGUCAAUUCAACAGAGAUUACAUCAUUUAAUCGUAUAUUUGCAAACAUUUGUUUUGUUUCACCUUGGUUUCUAUGAUGUGUUAUUCUGGAAUAGAGUGUGUGUGUGUGUGUGGUAUGCGGAAGGGAGAGACUGAAUAAAGGAAUUGUGAUUGCUGUUGGUUUGAAGAGUUAUUGUUAAAUCGUUAUUAUAACCAUUAUUAUUUAUUUUCUACUUGACCUCAGUUCUCUAUUGUUUUCUUCUCUCGUGUCGUUCAUGGAAGAAAGAUGAACAAUUAAAAUAAUGGAAUUUCUUUUUGUACUGAUUCAUUCUUUUCCCUCUUCUUUGGUCAUGAAAUGACCUAUCAGUUGGUGGGGGGGGGUUGGAUUAUUGAAAAGCAGGAAGCAUUGAGUGGAAAGAUGUUUUGUCCUAGUUUGCGAGUC